ACAACCUGAUAUAAAUACCCGACAUCCAUCUUCAGUUGGAUGAAAACGUAAUAAACUUGACAAAACAUUCUUUUCCUUAGUUUUCUUGUCAAGACACCAAGAAAAUAAAGGUUCUUCUCUUGAGACAGAGGAUAUCUUUUGCAUCUCAGCAUUUCCUGUGGACUUUGUUUUGGUAUCUGAAUGCACUGUCGUGAAGGUCUUUGUUUGUUGGGUUCUUCUUUUGGAGACUUACCAAAUACAUGUGGAGCUUCUUGAAGAUGGAGAAGGAACCAGUCAGGGUACUUGUUACGGGUGCUGCAGGACAAAUUGGCUAUGCUAUAGUUCCAAUGAUUUCAAGGGGAGCCAUGCUUGGCCCUGAUCAGCAUGUGAUCCUGCACUUGCUUGAUAUUGAACCUGCUGCUGAAGCUUUGAAAGGGGUCAAGAUGGAGUUGAUUGAUGCUGCUUUCCCCCUUCUUAAAGGUGUUGUUGCCACUACUGAUGUUGUGGAAGCGUGUAAGGAUGUCAAUAUUGCUAUUAUGAUUGGAGGGUUCCCAAGAAAGGAAGGUAUGGAAAGAAAAGAUGUAAUGUCUAAAAACGUAUCCAUUUACAAGGCUCAAGCUUCAGCAUUGGAAGAACAUGCUGCUGAAGAUUGCAAGGUUUUAGUGGUAGCCAAUCCAGCAAACACUAAUGCACUGAUCUUAAAAGAGUUUGCUCCUUCAAUCCCAGAGAAGAACAUCACUUGUCUCACGCGACUAGAUCAUAACAGAGCAUUAGGUCAAAUCUCAGAGAGGCUAAAUGUUCAUGUUGGUGAUGUGAAGAAUGCUAUUAUCUGGGGCAAUCAUUCUUCCACUCAAUAUCCUGAUGCCAAUCAUGCUACAUUCAACACUGGGAGCGGAGAGAAACUUGUCAAAGAACUUGUAGCGGAUGAUCAUUGGUUACAAACUGAUUUCAUCACCACCGUGCAGCAGCGAGGCGCAGCCAUUAUAAAGGCAAGGAAGCAAUCAAGUGCAUUAUCUGCAGCUAGUUCAGCUUGUGAUCAUAUACGUGACUGGGUCCUCGGAACUCCAAAGGGAACAUGGGUUUCAAUGGGAGUGUAUUCUGAUGGUUCUUAUGGAAUCGAACCUGGCCUUAUUUACUCAUUUCCUGUUACAUGCGAGAAAGGAGAAUGGUCUAUUGUUCAGGGGCUGAAGAUUGAUGGGUUUUCUCGAGAAAAGAUGGAUGCUACUGCAAAAGAACUCGUUGAGGAGAAAUCAUUGGCCUAUUCAUGUCUCAACUGAUGUCGUUGAUGUGGUUUUUAUCCAUAGCAAAUAAGAGAAUAGCCAUAAUUUUUUUUCUUGCUGGGUGAGAGAAUAGCCAUAAUUAGUUGGCUGUCACCAUCAUGCUUUCAUUUACUUUAUCAUGCAUGCAAUGCUAUAUUUAUAAUUCUAGAAGAAUGAGCAUUGAUGUGUCAGUGUGAUAUUCGUGGUAGCGACUGCUAGAUCUAACAACUAUAUUAGUGCACGUGUGCUCUUCCCACAAUUAUGAAGGAACUAUAUUUUUCUUCA